AUGGCUGAUCGUGACCUGCAGUGCUGGUCGGACGGCCACAGGAGCUCUGCCACUGCGCUCCGUCGGGCGAAGCAGGGCCUCAAGUGCCCCCGGUGCGAGUCCCCCAACACCAAAUUCUGCUACUACAACAACUACAGCCUCUCCCAACCCAGGCACUUCUGCAAGACCUGCCGGAGGUACUGGACCGAGGGCGGCGCCCUCCGCAACGUGCCGGUCGGCGGCGGAUGCCGCAAGAGCAAGAAGUUCAGAUCUCCGGCGGAGUCCCGGCGCCAUGAGAUUGGUCUGCCGCCGGUCAUCCCCAGGUUCGAUGAUCAUCGACCGGCUGCUUCUGAGCCAGUACUCUUCUCACCUGCCGCCAUGGCGUUCGAUUACCCGCUGAACAUUAAUGCGGCCGGAGCAUGCGGCUCUACCGUUAAUGACGACGCCACUAACGUCUCUUCCAUCGGGCUACUGAGGUCCACAAACGAAGACCUGCAUUGGAAGCUUCAGAAGCAGAAGCUGGCCGUGCUCUUGGGAGGGGAAGGAGCUGAUCGCGAGGACGACCAACGCGAGCUAAUCAUAUAUUCUCAGACGGAGCCGACGCCGGCAGAGGAAGCUUGUGGUGGCAGUGGAUCCGGUAAUGUUCAAAAUUCGACGGCAUGGUUCUCGGAAUGUUCCAAUUACGCCAUGCUUCCUUCCUCUACUAUAGUUAACAUCAACAACACGAGCAGCAGCGACACGAGCUACUGGAACGAAGGAGUUCCUGCAUGGAAUGACAAGCUCACACCACUGCCUUAA